UCCUGUUUGCGUAAUCUCAUUUUUUUUUUUUUUGAAGAGGAAAAUCCACUGUAGAAGAAUCGAUGUCAGAAUGUUUAUUAUAGACAAAAUAGUGUUUGCCUAAAACACGUUCGCGGACUUCUUCGAAAUAACAGUCUGAUCUCACUUUUCCACAACGGAAAUGAGAUCAGCGGCAGCGCGUGGAUCCACUUCUGGAACACGGUCGAUCAGAUCUACCGGCUGGAGACUUCAUCUGACUUUGGAUUUAAUGCAAAGAUGUUUGCUGGACUGAUGGCGAUGGACUGUCACCAUAACUCUCUGCUUCACCACUGUGAAGUGCUGGAAGGUGGUCGAGUAUCUGGGACAGUUGGCAGCUUCAGUCAUAAGAAGAUCUAUCGAAGACCUGGGUACAUGAAAGGGGAGCUGUCCAGAGUGCAGAACGCUGGUAAUACAAAGGAGGAUGAGGAGCACAGGAGGAGCAGCUGUAUUACUGAUGGAAAAUCAGGACGUCAGAUUGACAUCAGUGAGCAGAACGCAAUCCUGUCACCUCCUGUCAGCGUGUCCUUACUCAAUCAGCACCAGCCUGAUCAAGUCACAUGUAGCGUUGUUAGCUCUGUGACUCGCUCUGUUCUCACUGAGCACUGUUGCCCUUUGAACAGCUCCCAACAGAGUUCACUGCACAAAUUUAGGUCAAAACCAAAUCCAGCUCUCAGGUCCUGCUCUGUACAAUCCAGGCUUACACCCUCAAAUGACUCCUUCAACUCCAGCUUUAGUUUUAUUCAAGAGUCCCUUAACUGCAGUCAGUUGAUAGACGUCACUGCCACCGCCACCGCCACCAACCCUGAACCAGAACCACUAACUCAGUCAACAAAAGCACCAAGCUCACUUGAAGCAACACCGGUGACCUCUUCUUUUGAACAGCUUCUCCCGAAGUCAUCAGCUCCCAUCCCAUUACUGCCGUCCUCUGCCUCAGGCAGUCAGACAGAAAGAGAGGAGCCAUCAAUGGGUGGGAGGUUUUGGCGAGAAUGUCUGUGGGGUGACAGGCAGUCUGACCCAACUGACAGCGACUCACAAUCUCUUGACACAGAGGUCACCUCAUCACUAUCUGUGGACUCAGACACAGCGUCGUCUGUCACCUCGGGUUAUGAGAGCACGACUCCUACAUCUGACCACGGGUGGGACAACUUGGUGAAGAAGUACGACGGUGUACUGCAAGACUGCCUCCAAAACAACCGCACCCACAUUAAGAUUGAGUCCAUGAUGCUGAAGCUGCAGCGGCUUCAGCAGAAAGCCAUUUUGGAUGACGACUAUGAUGCAGCUGAGCGUUUUGGGAAAAAGCUGGAGGAGCUGUGCCAAGAGCGCAGUGAUCUGAAGCUGGGUUUACCUUCCACUCAGCCCAGUGUGGCUUUGUUCCUUGAUAGACUCAGACAGGUGGUCCACAGCGCCCUCCAGAGAGCAGACUGCAGUCAGCGCAGGGAGGGAGCAGAAGCUGAUGGAGAGGAGCUCUCUGACGUGUCUCCGUUAUGUCGCAGAGAUCGUCUGAUUCAAGAGAAACGGCUGGUGGAGGUGGAGAUGGAGGAGCUGCAGCAGAGGCUGAUAGAGCUGAAGGACCGAAGACUACAUCUGGAUCAGCAAAUCCAGCAGGAGGAACAGCAGGUGGAGGCUGAAGAGGUGGAGGGCUCUGCAUUGAGGAGCUGCACUGUGGCUCAGCUCCGCGACAUCAGCCGAACCCUGCAGGACCUGGUCACGUCAGAAAACCGCAACCAAAUCUUGGUCCGUCCUCCACCCUCCGUGCUCAGACUCCAGGAGCAGGAGCAUGCAUUGAAUUUGUCGAUCAAGGAAGCUACUGCUAAAGUGGUCAUGAGUCAGAGGCUGGGCAGCAGCUUGAGGAGGAAAGUCAGCGAGACUGAAACGCAGCUCUUGGCACUGCAUGAAGCCAAACUGGCAGCCAUCUCAGGUAACGACUUUGGCAGUGCCAAGGAGCUGAAGGCUGAGAUAAAAGCGGUAUACCUGGAGCGGGACCGUCUGGAGGCUCUGGCCAAGAGGCUGCGCAGCCUCAGCUUGGGGAGCAGCCAGGAGCUGAGCAGGAUGAAGGAACAGCGGCAGCAACUCAGGCAGGAGCUGGAGCAAAGGGAGGCCCAGCAUGACAGCCGACUAAAAGAAAACACAACCAAAUACAUCGAGCUAUUGGAGGACAGAUUGAACAGCUGUGGCUGUCCAGGUUUGGACUGGAUCUGGGAAGCCGACUUGGAGGCGUGUUACCUGUUCUUGCGAGGCCUGCAGCUGCGAGCUCCCAGCUGCAACGGCGCCAAUGUCGAAGACCUCCCUACUGCAGCAGUUGCACAUCCGAUGGAGCCCUGCACCAAAGAAGAAGAAGACUGUGCCAUGCUGACUGCUUUAGGAGGGCGCUGGUGUCCUGAUGCCAACUUACAGAAUUCUGAGUUCACCAAGAAACUGGAGGAGUUCUUGUUCUGCAUGGAGGAUAAUCACCAGGAGGACGAGUGCAGCGAGGCUGCAGACCUGACGGAGCACUGUGAGUUAAUCAGUGACAGACUAAUGACCUUGGAAGAUGAAUUGCAGACAGCCAUCCUGAACCGAGACAAAACCCUCACCCAGUCUUUAGAAAAGGAGGUUCGGGAGGUAAAAGCUACUUUACAGGCCAUGUUGGCACAGCUGAAAGAGGAAGAGCAGGAUGAAGAGGAAAUUCAACUACAAGAUGCUGACCUGAUGAACAGUAGAACAGAGGAAGAGGAGGAAGAGGAUGAAGACCAGUAUUUCAGCGACAGCUGGGACAUCUGAAGUGGAUGCAGUGUUUUAUGACCACUCACACACACACAGACCGGCUCUCUGAGAGCUUGACCUCGGCUUUGUAGUAGAAGCGACCCAGUGUCCCUCAAACCGCUUUGCAGCUGCAGUGUCUGUGGUACUGCUGAAAUUUCCAGUCUUAAAAGUAUGAGUAAUAUAUUAUCGAUAUUAUUACGAUGUCAUUUAAAUGAAUGAUUUUGAUAUUAAUGCACGACUUGGAGGCACUGAAACCCUUGGACAGUCGUGGCAGCGGCACAUUUACAAUUCUAUUGACUUUUUAGUACUUUACUUUCACAACCAUUUGUCACACAGGCAAAAAGUAACCUCUCUUGUGCACUGUUGUCUUUCAUUUUUAGUUUAAUUCAGUCACCACAGGGUGGUGCUAUAGUGUGAGAAUGCAAGAGAACUGCAGGAAAUGACUCAUGCAACCUAGAGGAAAUAA